AUGGCGACUUUACCGGGAUAUCGAGAAAGAUCUGCAAAUGAACCGAACGAUGAUAAUAAUGAUGAAGAGAACACCUUCAAUGAAGAAACAGAUGCUCUUUUGCGGGAUUAUCGACGACAAAUUAUCCAAUUAGAGAUGGAGAAUAGGUCCUUGAAAAAAUCAAAGAAACUUCAAAUUGGAGAAGCUAAUCCUGCAACAAAUGAAAUUCAUGCAUGCCACGGUGUAUGGAUUGAUCGAGAUACAUAUGAUGCUAUUCAGUUCCAACCAAAGAUCAACGCUCAAAAAUUUACAGACUUUUCUAAAUCAUGGAUGAUCAAAAUUUCAUAA